AUGGCUAGUAGAGGUAGAGGAGCUAGAGGCACCAAUGACCUGAUGAAGCGCAUGACUCAAAUUCUGGAAACCUUGGCACAUAACCAAGGUGGAGAGCCGGCUAAAUAUCGAGGGUUGUCUACCUUCACUAGGCACAAUCCUCUAAAGUUUGAGAGAGGGUUCAACCCUGAGGGAGCUCAGAGGCGGUUGGCAGAUGUAGAGAAGAUCUUCAAUGCUCUAGAGUGCCGGGAGGAGCACAAAGUGAACUACGCUGCCUACAUGCUAUGUGGGGAGGCUGAGGACUGGUGGAGGUUUGUCAGCCAGACUUUGCCACAGGAGGGGAAUUACUUUCUCCGAGAUCUGAAGAAGCAGAAAGCCAAAGAGUUCCUUGAGUUGAAGCAAGGAAGCAUGACAGUGGGAGAGUAUGCAGUAAAGUUCCAAGAGCUAAUAAAGUACUGGCCUCACUACCACCAUGAGGAUGGAGAGAAGGACCUAGGGCCGAUCAAAUGCUUCAAGUGUGGAGGGCCACACAUAGUGAGGGAUUGCCCACAAUCACGGACGACUUGCGGUAACUAUGGGAAGUCGGGACACACUGCCAAUGCUACGAAGAGUGGCAGUGCUAGUACAGCUCAGAGGCUUGAAUUAAGAGGGAGCACGAGCCUGAGUACAGGGACGAAGCCGAGCAUUCCUGGUAGGGUCUUUUCCAUGAGCGGGGCGGAGGCUUCACAAUCUGAGGAACUGAUUCGAGGUAAAUGUGUAAUUAAAGGCAAAUUGCUUGACUUGCUGUUUGACUCGGGUGCUACACACUCUUUUGUUUCUGUGGACUGUGUGAAAAGUCUGGGUCUGUAUGUGACUGAAUUGCCAUGCAACGUUGUAGUGACUACUCGUAUGGGUAAACUGGUUGUGACAUCAUGGGUGUGUUUACAAUGCUCUAUAAUGGUGCAUGGUAGGAUAUUUGAGGUGGACUUAAUUUGUUUGCCUUUGUCCUAG